UCGGUGCAAGUGAAUCGUAGUGCCACAAUAAAAACCUCAUUAUAUCAUAAAUAUAAAUAUAAUACUAUACAAUAAUAAAAGUGGUAAAAGUUGUGCUCUAAAUCUCACACCUUUAAAAUAGUGUUGGCAUAACGCGUGCUAAGUUUUGAAAGUGAAAGGAGACGAUAUCGAAAGUGAAACUAACGAUAACUAAUAAAUAAGGAAAAUAGUACAGCAAGUUUAAGACUUUUAACUAAAAACUAAAUUGAAACAAAAUGACUUCUGCUAUUAGCAACUUACUGCAAAGUUUGCGUCUCAACUCGGCGUUGAAAAAAUCGAACAGUACUUCCGCAAAUCCUGCGCUGCAUAAAACAUUCCCACAGGAACCCAGCAAUGGCCUACUACCACGCGGCCUUGCCGAAAUACCGCUGUCCGUUGUGGCACAACAUGAUGAGUACUCCGACUGUUGGAUUGUCAUUUACGAUCGCGUUUAUGACGUCACACAAUUCCUACGCGAUCAUCCCGGCGGCGAGGAUAUCAUAAUGGAGCAUGCUGGCCGUGAUGCAACUUUGGCUUUCCAUGGCACUGGACACUCACGCUCGGCGAUCGAACAAAUGGGCGACUAUCUSAUUGGUGAAUUACCGCCCAAGGAGCGCAUCUUCAGCAAGGGUAGCGCGAAAGUKCUUUCUAUUGACGUGCCACAGUGAAAAUAGAGAGCGCAAGAGAUAGGAAGGAAGUGUCGAAGGAAGGAACAAUCGCUCACAUGUAUGAUUAGACACAUGUAUGAUAAGCUUUACGCUCACUUGUACUGAUACUAGCACUGCACUCACUUGUUCCUAUAUAAGAUAUGGUGUUGGCAACUUCGAAUUAGCUAGUGCCUGCCGAAUCUUAUCACAUUUGGCGCAGAAAUACUACGCGUUAAUGAAACCUGUGACCCAUAAUUUAAGAUAUGUGAGUGAAUUAGAACGUGAUUUCCCAAGUUUAGACAUUCAAACGCAGAUAGUAUAGAAAUGUAAUUGUGUAUGUGAGAUCAAAGAAUUCUCUGAACAGUGAAAUUUUUCUACAACGUAGAAAAUCAUGUAACUAAAUAUGUAUGUAUAUGUUGUAACUACAUAUUAACCAUAGCUUUACAUUUUACAAAUUUGUAAACGAACACUCAUACACACAUACAUAUAUACAAAUUCCACUCAAAACUGCUUUUGAUGUGACAGCUUUCUUCAAUGCAAUUCCUGUUUACAAUGUAGUAUUGUUUUUGCAUUUAUACCUACGUAGUGUACUUAAGUAUCAAAUAGUUUAAAAACAGAACAUUGAAACAGAAUUUUAGACCCGUAAUAUUACUUGUUAAUAUUUAUAUUAAAAAUUGCAGGAGCAAAUUUAAAAUUAAUACUAUACUGUUAGA